GGCAAAAGUAAUAAAAUGAUGAAUAUUGCUGUUCCAAGCCAUUUAAAUGACUUGGAAGAAGUCAAGAGUAGGAGUAUGCUCACUGGUUAUAUGAAAGAAGGAUUAGUUUUGGAAGCAGAAAAGUUAUUCGAUAAAUGGAAAAAAGAAAAAACUAAACCAGUUCAAGCAAAUCUAAGUUUAAAUAUAGUUUCGUCAGAAAAAGUAAUAACAAACAAUCAAGUUAGUAAAAACUUUUGUAGAAACAAAGUUAAAUGCCCAGAACCAAACUGUAAAAGUUUUAUAGUGCAUUUACCAAGGCAUAUGAGAGAUGUACAUAAAAAAUCACCUGAAGAAGCUUGUAUUACUCGUGGUGUGUUUGAUCUCAGAAAGGAACGAAAAGAUGCUGGGUUAUUAACUGAUCAACGUAUCUAUUCAAAAUACAAAUGCCCUAUAUGUAAUAAAGUGGUUCGCAGAAUUCAUGACCAUUUAUAUAAAUCCCUACAUUUUCUUAAAAAUAAUCUUCCCUUAUAUUAUAAAAUGUUAAAACAAAAAUAAGAGCAUAUUUCUUCUUCAACAACUACAUUUAAAAUAUUAUGCAAAAACAAAAUUAUAGACAGUAAUUAUUUGGCUGUUGAUAAUGAAAAUAAUU